AGGUUUAUCAGAUGUUAGUCAUAUCCCAAUGACGAACUAUAGAUCAAGUAUUAUUCCCGAUACUUCGAUUUCCGCAGCUGUGACCCUUGCAUCCCACGGCCCAGGCACUCUUAAAGGAUCAACCAGAAAACCCAAAAUCAACCUUGUGAAGACAAAAUUUUUUGAAGGGGAUUUCUCGCACUCAGUUGUCUUUUAUCGAAGUUUUAAAGAAGAAAACGAAAAAACGACGUUCUUAUUCAAACACUUUUGUAAUAACGAGAGAGCUGAAUGGAAUCGUGAAGUUGAGGUCAUCGACAGACUAAGAAAAGAUGGAGGUCACCCUAAUAUAAUAAAACAUUUAUGGCAUUCACCAGUCCAAGAAGCUCCAGUCUUGAUAGACCUCACGAACCUCGAGUCCGUGCAGGAGCAUGGAUUUUUGAUUUGCUACGAAUUGGUAUCCUGUACCACUCUUGAUGAAUAUAUCAGUAAACCGGAAGCUGCUCUUGUUACUCAAAUCGUACUAACCGUAGCAACAGACGUCAUCAAUGCACUCUCAUACCUUGAACGGUGUGACCUGAGACAUAAUCACGUGUCAGCUAAAAAUAUAUUGGUCAAAGAGACCGUCAUGGUUCCUUCGCUACGGGCAGUUUUGGGUGGAUUUGGUCAUGGAACCUUCGUCAAUUCACACAAGAAAACAACCGCACGAGAAGAAGAUAAACCAAAUACUGAUAUCGUACAAUACGGGGUACUGGUGGAGCAGCUACUAAAUCUUUCCCCUAAUGCUGAUCCAGAUCAUCAGAUUAAAGAAAUUUCUACAAAAUGUCAAGAAGAAUCGAAUACUUUGACUGCGACAGCCGUGCGCAAUAUGAUGCAGGAGGUCUGGGAUGGAACUGGGACUUGGGACACUCUUCUGUGAAGUGCCACGUGAUUUUGUGCUACUGUUUGUAUUGCAUUGAUCGAGAUAACUGUAUCGACCUGAUGCAAUAUACACUAACGUCAUUCAGAUAGAUAAAUAACUCUAAAAUAUAAAUACAAAUAUCUGCUCUAAAUAAGAAAAUGCGUAAUGAAGAUUACUUAAUUAUAAUUAAAAAAUGGGACUUUCGGUAGCUAAUCAAAAUGCGCAUGUAAUCAUCGUUGCAGAAGGCCUUUGAUCAGUGACAAUAGCGUCUAAUUUCAAGAAUAAAUAUUUCAGAUGAAACAAGUUAUAAAAUUUAAGAUCUUUAGCGAAUUUUAAGCGUAAGUUUUGCUUUCCGUUUUGCACGCGAUUGCACUUUCAUUUUGACUAUACGUUCAUGAUUGCAUUCACUCGGACUUCUUAACUUGGAAUGAAAUUCAAGAAAAGUACUGGAUACAAAGAUUUACUCCCACGAAACGUUAGUGAAACAAAUUAAGAUACAAGAAGUAAGAGAUAUAAGCCUUAGAAACGUACGGUUUCAAGAUCAUAUUGCGGUUAAUUAGUCAUAUAUCUUGGAAGCUGUGAAUAUACAGCGGCACAGAGCUCAUGCACCUUAUAUCCCAUGGGACCAAACAUGAUCAUUUUACCUCGGAGAUUGUUAGGAAGCCCGAGUAAUAAAAGCCUUUAUUGAAUGUUGGGUGCGUCAGAAUGUGCUGAAACAUAUAAUGUAAUAAUAAUAACAAUAAUAAUAAUAAUAAUAAUAAUAAUAAUAAUAGUAAUAAUAAUAAUAAAUUAAGUUGCAAUAUAGUGGGAUUUAUUUAGACCAUGGAAUAGUUGAUAGACUAAUAGGUACAACGUUAAAAUGUAUUCAUCGUUGGCUUACCUUCUGCCGUGGAUGCAGUGCUCAUUAGAUUUCCCUUCAAACCUUAUCUUUGAUUACGACCUGCGUGAUCGUUGGCGCGCUUUCUACUGUUACCAUUUUUACCCCUAAAGCAGCCAUGAAACGAGCACGCGCGGAAUGUUAUCAUGACUUUCUGGGUGUGAUUCCUAGGUGAGAAACAUUAUGAAUGCACCCGGGUCGGCAGUUGUCUAUUUAAGCGAGAAAAUCCAAGGUUUCGACCUCAUUUGCUCAGAUUUGCUAUACCAGUCAGUGCUAGACGGAUUUUUGACCGUUUACCCUGCUCCCCUUCGGCGACGUUUCUCCAUUAUAACAGUUCAGUCGGGUGGCUUAAUCACAGCCUCGGUAAAACUCGUGUUCCCAAAACUGAACCGCUUUUUUGAGGUAAAUGGCUGCUUUGGCGGUGAAAAUGAUAUACUGUGCGCUGUGUUCUUGUUGGAAAAGGCUGAGUGUAAAACUUUAUCAAACAUUGUUUUUAUUAGUAUCAUUUUAGAAUACGAAUAAGGUGUUUGUUUCUUGAAGUUUUUAAAAUAGAAUUGAAGAACGGUAAACUCGAUGUUUCGACGCCCUUCGGCGUCAUUUUCAAGAUGAAAGUAAAGCAAAGCAGUAAUUCAAAUUCAAUUUAUUACUUUGCUUUACUUUACUCUUGAAGAUGACGCCCGAGGGCGUCGAAACCAGAGGGCGUCGAAACGUCGAAUAGACUAGUCUUCAAUAGUAUCAUUUUACUUGAUAUUUCUCAAUGAAGCGCAGUCUUUAUACCGGUGCAACAAAAUCGAAAAAAAAGAUUGUUUAUACUAAUUGUUUUUAUAUAUCGACAAAAUAAUUAAUAUCACUCAAACAGAACAUUCUCUAUUUUAUUGUAUGCAUGGAGGUAUAUGUAUUAAACAAACACUAGUCUAGUAACUACCUAUAAGAAACAAGUAUUUUAUUCAUGUAUUUUAUGCACUGUUAUUUUUUAGGAGUUGAUAUAACUCCAAAAGUGGAGUAGAAAAAAAAGGUACAGGAUAACUCCUUUUUUGGAGUAACUUUAACUCCACUGAUUUAACUCCCUUCCAAGAGUAAAAUUUACUCCCAUGAAUAGUAACGUUUACUCCCAUGAAAGAGUAACAUUUACUCCCAUGAAAGAGUAACAUUUACUCCCAUGAAAGAGUGACUUCUACUCUACAUGGGAGUUGUUUUGAACCCCCUAACAGAGUCAAAUUUAUCCUUUCGGAGUUGUUAUAACUCCCUGUUUGUCACCUUUCAAAGGAGUAAAAUUUGCACCUUUUCAGGAGUAGAUUUUUUCUUGUCUUGCUUAUUAAGCUUCAUCAAUUCCCACUGUACGUUAAAGAAUAAUAACACAAAUGAC